CGAUCGUGCUGCGGCUGCGCAUAAUUUCCUCCCGUUCAGAGCGGUUUCCUGGGCCUUUAAAGCAUGUCACUCAUUCAGGAGUUAAAAAAUGACGACAGCUACUUGGCAAACCUGAGGGAGUCCAAGAAACUGCAGUUCAAGAACUCAACUCAACCCUCUCAGCAACAGGAUCCCUGGAUACGGCUCAACUCAACUCCCACAGUUGCAUCCAUGAGGCGAGAGAUUUAUUUCAUUGAUUCCAAGAUACCGAAAGAUGACCUGGAUUUCCGCUUAGCAACUUUGUAUAAUCACCACAGUGGGGCGUUCAAGAACAAAAGUGAGAUCCUGGAACAGAAGGAGACCAGCCAGGAAAUCUACGGACACAAGAUCAAGUUUCCUGGAGAAAAUUUACACCUUGCUUCUCCAUCCCCUAUCACUUCCCUGGCUCACAUCAGGCAAUGGAUCAACCCUAAGAAGGAGUCCAUCCACAGCAUCCAGGGAUCCAUCGUGUCUCCUCACACUGCAGCCACCAAUGGGGGUUACUCCCGAAAGAAUGAUGGUGGCUUCUUCUCCACUUAGUGGUUACAAGACCCUGGACUAAUUAAUCAUAGUGUGACACCAGCCAUCCACCUUCAUUAAAUGUUUGUUCUAGUUGAAGCCUGGUGUUAAUGACUGUGGAUUACCUCUUGAACCACUCUUAAAUAGCAGAAGGAAAUUAUUCCUAUUGAGUUAAUUUGCAGCUUUGAGUCAUUUUGCCAAAGGUAAGGAUUCAGAAGAGAACAGCCCUGAUUUUGACAGGAUUCAAGUAUUCAUAUUUUGUAAAAUGCAGUCACUAUAACCAUACAGAAUAAUCUAUUCAAUGUAUCCUGACGCUAAGUGUUCAGAACACAAGAAUGGGCACAGCCUAUUUUCUAUGAGCUUAUAAUCAUGGUAAUAUCAGAGGAUCCAAGUAGCAUGAUUUUUGGGGGGGCUGCUUUGUGUGGUGUGUAUGUACAUGUGUAUAUCCAGGUCCAUGUGUGUGUGCGUGUGCGCUUACAUACAUCCAGGUGCAUGGGUGUAGGCAUCAUCUCCAGUCUCUCUCCACCUUUUCUGAGACAGGAUCUUUCACUGAACCUACAGUUUACCAAUCUGGCUCUAUGUAAUGAGCCCACAUGCCGUAACGCUAAAGGGAAAAGCUGAACGUUUCCUCUCUGAGAUCUGGAACUGUACAAGGAUGUCCACUUUCACUACUUUCUUCAACAUGGUGCUAAAUGUCCUCACCAGAGCUAUCAGUCAGUGGAAAUCAAGAGAGCACUCAGUUGGGAAGGAGGAAAUCAAACUGUCACUGUGCACUGAUGACAAGAUCUUACGUGUAGAAAACCCCAGUUUUCACCCAAAGCUAUUAGAAUAUGUUCAGUAAGUCUACAGAACUAAAACGUCAACACAGAAGUUGGUGCCUGAUGAUAUAGGCCUAUAAUCCCAGUUACAUGGGAGGCUGAGG